AUGUGCCCCGAGGGAGACGAGGACCAGACGGCCGCCGCGGCCACGGCGCAGCAGGAGACCGCGGCGAACGCAGCGGCUGGAAUUCUACCGGCUGAGCACUGGGUGCAAGCGGCACGAGACGCUGCUAACGAAGACGAUGCCGACUCUGCGCUAGGCGACGAUAACGCCAGCUCUACGGCGUCGAUCACCUCUACGAUUUUGCAGUACCGGAAGAUUCAUGGGAGGACGUUCCACGGCGAGGUUGGCGACGCCCAGUAUUGGUAG